UUCCUCUAGUGACUUUAGUUCUGAUAGCAGUGACUCCGAAGACGAUACUAAAAUGAAGAAGAAAGACAAUUCUAAACCCAUGAGCAAUCAGAAUUCUCGUUCUGCCACUCCCACAUUCAACAAUGAUGCUAAUAAACGUAAAAUGAAUAGCAUGCCUAGUGAUCUUACCGCUUCGGAAAAUAGUAAUAGUCCGGUUAGUACACCAGCUAAAAGGCCUAAAGCAGAAAUGUCUACACCAUCACUGCCAUCAACGUUUGCAGGUGUUGUUUCAUCUAAUAGCAAAGAUGAUUAUGGCAUUACUGAGGAGGCGGUACGUCGCUAUCUUAUGCGUAAACCUAUGACGGCAACUGAAUUAUUGACCAAAUUCAAAAAUAAGAAAACUGGUGUAUCUAGUGAUCGUUUGGUCGAGACCAUGACACAAAUAUUAAAGAAAAUCAAUCCUGUUAAACAGACCAUUCAGGGUAAAAUGUAUCUAAGCAUUAAGGUUAACAAUAGUUUUGUAUAUACAUAUUUAUUGGCAAUUGAAACAAAUCAAAUAUAUAUUUACUAACAUACGUUUUUAA